CUCGUUCGUUCAUACUGAUACGAAUAUCCCAAGUAAUGAAUUAUCCAUUCUCAUCAUGUCCUGGGGUCAGUUUAUUGACCACGACUUGACUCUAGGGGCGUUACCUAGAGAUCAACAUAACAGAAACUUCAAUUGUUGUAAUAUCUCUAAAAGUAACCAACAUCCUAACUGUAUGACAAUUGACAUUCCCCCAAAUGAUCCCUUCUAUUCUCGCUACGGCCAGACUUGUAUGGAGUUCAAACGUCUGUUGGCAGGACAAAGACCCGGAUGUACUCUUGGACCCAGAGUACACAUUAACUUAAAUUCGGGACCCAUUGAUGCCAGCUUUGUUUAUGGGUCUACUGAAGAACAUGCUCGUACACUGCGCCUGGGAAAAGGAGGUUUACUUCGAGUUUGGGAUCUCUUCAGCCAGUACGGUCUAAAACCCAUUCUUCCACCUAUGUCAGAUAAUCCAGAUAUGGACUGUACGGCGAGACCGCAAAAUCUGUUUUGCUUUCUUGCUGGUGACCCUAGAGCUAAUCAACAGAUACAUUUGCCGGUCCUUCACGUGCUGUACCUUCGCGAACAUAACAACAUGGCCGUUGAACUUGGACGCCUAAAUCCACAUUGGGACGACGAGCGUAUCUACCAAGAGGUUCGACACAUCAUGGCGGCUUCUGUCCAACAUAUCACCUUCAAAGAGUUCCUUCCUUUACUUCUUGGUGACGAAGUGGUUCACAGAUUCAAUCUUACCCUUCAACCAACGGGCUACUGGAAUGGAUACGACCCUUACGUUCACAUGGGGAGUUCCAACGCUUUUCAAGCAGCAGCGUUUAGAUUUGGGCACACUCACAUUCAAGGAAAAGUCAGACGCUAUAACAAGUACCACGAGUUUAUUGGAGAAGAUCCUCUCCGUUUUCUCCUUCAACAACCUUUCAUUAUCUACGAACCUGGAAAACUAGACGAACUUAUCGGUGGCCUUAUCAACACUCCUGCGCAAAGUUAUGAUCGGUUUAUUACAAGGGAGGUCACGAACCACCUAUUUGAGGAACCCCCAAAUAUGUUUGGGUUAGAUCUGGUUUCUCUCAAUAUUAUGCGAGGUCGAGAGACAGGAGUUCCAUCGUAUAAUGAAUACAGAGACUGGUGUGGAAUGGGUAGAGCCAAGACGUUUGAAGACCUUGAACCUGUUCUAAGCAAUGGAACAGCUUACAAGUACGCUCAGAUUUACAAUCAUCCUGACGAUAUCGACCUUUGGAGUGCAGGAGUUUCUGAGCACCUUCUACCGGGAGCUAUGAUUGGUCCAACUUUUGCUUGUAUUUUAGCCCGUCAGUUUGACAACAUCAGACGUGGUGACCGAUUCUGGUACGAGAAUUCAGGAUUCCCUUCCGCUUUCACCCCAGAACAACUUCAGGAGAUCAGGAAAGCCUCCCAGGCUAAGCUGAUAUGUGAAAACGCUGAUGAUCUGCCAACUAUUCAGCCCUACGUCAUGCAGUUGGCUCACCCCAUCUACAACCCCCGCCUACUUUGUAAAGACCUUCCCUCAAUUGAUUUGCGGUUCUGGCAAGAGAACCCAGUGCAAGUUGGUUUCCAGUUUAAGAAGUAUAUAAUUCUGGUAGCAUCCCUCUUGACAGUAGGACAAUCGAAUACCGUGUUUCUUGUGGACAGGCAGACACCCUUGAACCCAAAUUUCUCACCUAACUGUGCACUGGUAGUCCACACCUCCAAAAAAGAAUCAAAUUAUGCAGAUAAUAAAGGUCUACAGUAUAUAGCCAACUUCGUUCCUAAUUACAGUUUGAAAAGAAUGACAUCAGGACGCCGAGGUGAGAUCUGCAUAACGUAUGACGAGAUUAACAGUGCUGUCAAAGAAUCGGUUCAAUCUAUAGGUUACCCACCAAGAGAGAUUUACCAGCUGUCCUCGGAUCUUCCAAAACCGAAACACAUUGCUCCAGUCGGGAUCAUUCUGGAGACAGCGACUCUUAUCCUGGCUCAUCGAUACAGUUUGUCUUACGACGUUAUUGCCAAUGGACUACCGAAAAUUGAUACAUCUAAAACAUCUGUAAAUGAUAUCUGCCCUGUUUUCUUGAAGCCCGUCAAAUGCGAGCUGACCCGUUAUCGAACCCUAACUGGCAUGUGUAACAACUUAGAGAAUCCCUCGUGGGGUAGUGCGAGGUCAGCGAUGUUGAGAUAUAUAACCCCAGCUUAUAACGAUGGUAUUUCCAGUCCAAGGCGUGCCGUUCAUGGAUCAGAAUUGCCCAUUGCUCGUGCAGUCAGUUUUUUUAUGCACCAUGACGCCAGCCAGCAUGAUCAAGCAUUAACUAAUAUCAUGGUUGCCUGGGGUCAGAUGAUUGAUCACGACUUGACCUUUGCUUCCCCUACUUUGGACGAAAGACGUUUGGAUAUCGAAUGUUGUAAGUUCCCACCUCAAUAUCGCCAUCCUAACUGCAUGCCCAUCACUAUUCCCUCUGAUGAUCCUUUCUUCAAGUUCUUUAACAGAAAGUGCAUGGAUUUUGCUCGCACUCUUCCAGGAUUAAGACCCGGAUGUACUUUCGGUCCAAGAUACCAUACUAAUCAAGUUUCUGCUUACAUCGAUGGCAAUUUUAUCUAUGGAAGCCAACAGGUAGAUGCUAAUAGAAUCCGGCAGUUCCGUGGAGGUUUCCUGAAAACCUUUCCGCUCCAUCGCAAACUAGGCCUGAAAGAUCUUCUACCCAUGAAAACUGUAGAUCCAGACGUUGGGUGCAAUGCUAGGCCAAGAAGUGCUUACUGCUUUGAUGCCGGCGAUGAACGAGUGAAUGAACAACUGGUACUCGCUGUGAUGCAUACUAUAUGGAUGAGAGAGCACAACAGGAUUGCUGAAGCUCUAGGACAGAUUAACCCUCACUGGGAUGACGAGAAGAUUUACCAAGAGACUCGUCACAUCAUCAUUGCUGAAUUACAGCACAUCACCUAUAAGGAGUUCCUUCCUGCAGUGGUCGGAGUUCAGAAUAUAAAGAAAUACGGUUUACAGCUUCUUCCCCACGGCUAUUAUGAUGGUUACAACCCUAAAGUAAACGCUGGGAUUCGGUCAGCUUUUCAGACCGCAGCAUUUCGUUUUGGCCACAGUUUACUUCCUGAUGUUACAGAAAGAUAUAAUAAAUUCCAUGAAAAACUUGAAUCCAUCCGUUUGUCUAAGCAGCUACGUCAACCAUAUGAUUUGUACAAGCCGGGAAUCAUGGACACCUUUUUGAUGGGAUUAAUGAACCAAGAGUCCAACAGGAUGGACCCUGAAGUGACCACCGAGGUGACUAAUCACCUUUUCGAGAAACCUGGUGAAGGAUUCGGCAUGGACUUGGCUGCUGUCAAUAUGCAGCGUUCUCGAGAACAUGGUAAUCCUGGUUACAACUUCUACAGGGAAUAUUGCGGACUUCGAAAGGCACGCGAUUUUCAUGAUCUUAUCGGAAUCAUGCCAAAUACGACAGUACAAAGAUAUUCACAAAUCUAUAGACACGUAGACGACAUCGAUUUGUGGAGUGCGGGUAUUUCUGAGUACCACAUGCCUAACGCAGUUGUAGGCCCAACAUUUGCCUGUUUAAUUGCAGAGCAGUUCAGCUAUUUGAGACGGGGAGAUCGAUUCUGGUACGAAAAUGGUGGCUGGUCCUCAUCUUUCAGUCCUGAGCAACUCCAGGAGAUACGAAAAGUCCGGUUUUGCCGAGUUCUGUGUGACAACGCUGAUGACAUGGACACUAUUCAGGAGAAGGCCAUGUUCAUUGCAGAUCCACAAAAGAACCCGCGGUUUAACUGCCGAAGUAAUGACAUCCCUCACCUUGAUAUUUCCAAAUGGGCCGACGUCAGCCAUUACGGAAAGAAAUUUGCAAAUGAAGUGGCAAUUUAUGUUAAAUAA